GCAUUGGAGGCAUCGUCGCACUGUUUCGGUCGUCACUGCUGCUUUAGGCUUAUAGUUGGUUGGUGGUCGCUGUCUGCGGCAGCACGGUCUGCGGCUCCUCCCGUCGAUCAGGAUGGCCCUCUUCGGAUCGCUCAUGAGAGACUUGGACAGCGACCCCUUCUUCGGUCCAUUCGAAGGCAUGAGGCAGAUGGAGGCCAUGCUGGGUCCCAUGCUCGGAGCAUUCCCGGGAAUCGGGGGCACACGGCGUUCAGCCAGCCUUGGGCUUUUCCCUACCGACAUGUUCUCCACCAUUGGCCGCCUCUCUCAGGACCCGAACUGCCACAGCUUCUCGUCAUCCUCGGUGAUGACGAUGACGACUGAUGAGAAUGGGCGACCGCAGGUCUACCAGGCCACCCAGUCAACUCGCACUGCCCCAGGGGGGGUGAAGGAAACCCGGCGAUCACUGCAGGACAGUCGGUCAGGGCUGCAAGAGCUGACGAUUGGCCACCACUUGGAUGACCGGGCACACAUUGUGGGACGCAAGCGCAAUCGCCUGACAGGAGAGGAGGACCAGAGCGUGGAGUACGUCAACCUGGACGAGGAGGAGGCCGAAGGCUUCGGCCACGAGUGGCAGCAGCGGGCACAGUGCAUGAGCCGGCCGCACUCCAUGUAUGCCGCCCUGCCAAGCCGCACCGUGCCAGCCCUUCCCCCCACCAGUGCCCAGCAGCCACAGCAUCGGCCUAAACGGAGGGCCAAGCAGCGACCACGUCAUGAGACCAGCAUGUAAGGCUGCUUGCAAGGGGUGCUGUGGGCAUUCACAAUGGCAGUCCUCCCUUGGGUGGCACACAAGUUGUGCACCUAGGGACUCCAGUUCCUUCCUGUCAACCCGGAAAGCAUUAAUCCUCUCUGCAUUAUAUAUGCAGCCAUUGGCAUGAAUAGCCAGAUUGUCAGCAUGCACAUUACACUGGUUGUAAACUGGCACAGGAGCUAAUAAAGUUGUGGUCUUUUUUUA